CCCCCGGCGACACUGUGCCAGUGUUGGCUACGACGUGGUGCAGUGAGGGAGUCAGUCCGCCUCCGCUUUUCCUUAGCUCCCACUCGUUUCUAUCUGUUCGAACUUCACACACUUCAUUUCUCUUAAUGUCGGGCGAGUGUCAUAAGGCGCAAUCGGCGUCGUCGUGGUCCGCUGGAAUGCCUCUGUCGCCAUCUCGCGAGUGAAUCAGGAACCACAGCGGAUUUUCGGAAGGGGACUCCGCGUCUUUGUUGUGUGAGAUGACAUAAUAAGCAAUUCAUUUUCCUACCUCUUAAUCCCACCACCUCCUCUGCUGGGCGUUCUUCUCUGACGGCGGAUAUCCGGAUUCUGUCGUUUUAACCCCCGCCCCCCCUACCAACACAAACACACAGACAUACACAAACAUCCACUACUCCUGCUCCUCCUCCUCCAGCGCCCUCUGAUCAAGGACACCAACGGGGAAAAGCCGAAGGAAAACCCCCACCAGGAGCUGCUGUACCCAAGGACAUCUGUGACCGCAUUUAACCUCGUUUCCCCACCCACCCCCCUCUCAUGUUUAUUGCUAAAUUCAACGUCAGCCCUGUAGUACCGAUGGCAGCAGCGGUGGUUUCCAUUCGGUGUUGAAAUUGUCAAUCAAGAUCGUUCGAGUGCUCCCAACUCCGAUGACAUACAAGGAAGAAGAAGAACUGUGUUGCUAAUUUCCAACACACCCCCCUCCCUUUCACCCCUUCCCUGUAUUUCUUCCUAUCUCUCUCUCUCUCUCUCUCUCUCUUUUUGCUCUCCUCUCUCUCAUACACACACACUAUCUCUUUCUCUCUCUUACUCACUUCUCCCUCUCUCUCUGUUUCUCUCCGACAUCCAAGUCAUUUUCGCUUACCGCCGUGUGCUUCUUGCGCGCAGCUUUAAGGGACUAUGAAGGCUACGCAGUGUUAUUCUAAGCUUCCCUGGCUUAUCCCAGCGCUAGUCCUCUCUCUCCUCGUGACACAGAUUAAGGGUCGGUGUGAUCUGCCGUCCAACUGGAGAGGCGGUUGGUUCCAGAGCGGAGUGAGAGAUAUCAUAUCUAUCACGAAAUCUGAGUUCUCUUCCAAAGGCAUCUGUUUGGAAUCGUCUGGGGAGAAAUACGUCUUCGCAAAUAGAAGAGAUGACUGCUACCGCUGCGUGGUCAUCAGCGAGAAGCACUACAACAUCCUUCAGUACAAAGAGACUCUGUGUGAACCGAAUGGAGACCUGGGCAAACUGUGUUCGCAGAUCACCGGAGACGCCCUCCUCUUCUCCAUGUUCCGGCGGGACGCCCUGCCAGUGCCCUGUCCGCUGAAGGGUCCCUUGACCUUCAGUUACACCAGGGGGCACGGCAUGUGCGAAGUGCCCGCCUCCACCAUCGACUCGUGCACGAGUGACAGCAGGCUCCUCUUCAAGUACCAGGCCUGUCCGGACGUCCAGGGAACUGAGAGCAGUGUGGAGGAAGUCGAAUGCAUCGGCCACUGGAACGAAGGAUCGACCCGAUACUUCGUAGGGCGCCUGGAGGGGGGUCGCGCCGUCACCGACGAGGACAGGUACCGCUGCUACGCCUGGGAGCGAGAGAGGGAAUCCGAGAGUCACCUGGACUACCGGAUGGCUCAGUCCGGAGACGCCACCUGCAACGGGGUCUUCUCCGCCUACGACGGCUCCAAAACCCUCAAGUUAAGGAAAGCUGGCAAUUACAGCGGAUGCGUAUUUCCCUCCUGGGUCACAAGUCACCGUCGCUGGCACGCCCUCGACAAGGGCGCCUCCUACUCCGUGUCUCGGCACAACACCACCUUGAGGCUGCACCACGCCCACAACCAGAGAGUCCAGUCGCCCGCGAUGGAGCAGAUGCAAAGCUAUAAUGAAGAGGGGGAGCAGGUGACCAGACCUUCCUACCUGGGUACCGAGGAGCGACUUGUCUGUUCUGAAACGAAGGAGGUUUCUCCGUCAAGGGUCGUUCUAGUCGUCCACAGCACCACUGGCUGUUCGAGUGGGUAUGUCUGUACUGUCUUCUACAAGAGAGACGGCCACAUUAUCGAAAUGCAGCAAGGUAAUCGGGCCAUCCGGGCACAAGAUGCAUGUCGACCUUUGUAUUUCAAUGACACGAAGGCUCCACACAUCACUCUUACCAGUGGAGCACCCAGCAGGCGACAGUGUCCCUUCGUGGGCGUGUGGGUGGCAGGAGAAGGAGACUGCAGGAGGGACGUGACUCACCUGAGAGCAGGGUGCGUCUCCCUCUACAACCUACACUUUGUCCACGCCUGUCCGGCAGAAACUACCAAGCAUGCUUUCGUGUGUCACGGCCACUGGGCCGAGGCCGGUUCUAUAUUCGUCGUGGCUUCGCCGGACGACCGGCCCUCGCAUCGCCUUUGCCUUAUCGCCACGUCUAUCACAAACAAGGACAAACAGAUGAAUCACCCGAGUAACAACACACAGAUGUUACAAGUGACAGCGCACGCGCACUCGUGUCAGCGUCACCACGUGCCGCCCACGACCACACUCAGCCUCAAUCUCACGGCCCAAGGCGAGUGCUCCGUAGCAGGCAUCAGCAACGGCAAGGAACGACUGAGCCCUCCAGUUUUGAUGACAUUACUAUUUUUAGUCUCUAGUGUUAACGCGUAUGAAUGGGAGAUCUGCAGAUGAAGAAUGCGACCCUGGAAGACCCUCUGAGGCUGCUGGAAGUCUGGACUCCAGCGCCCACUCCUACAUUAAGCUUUAAGUUUCAUCCAAAUUAGCCGUUUCGUGAAGUCCACAACUAUAAACAUUUGCAUUUGAUAUGGAUCUGUUUAUAUGUAUAACCCUUAAGAAUAUAUAUAUAUAUAUAUAUAU